AUGGAACAGUUGCAAGCCGGAGGCCUAGUGUUGAGUGUUGCCAAGACCCAGUUUUUAUCCCUGAAUGAACCAAGCCCACGCGACGAUAGUCCGAUACCCAUCGAUGGGCAACUAGUCACCAUGUGCGAUCAGUACAAAUAUCUGGGUGGUAUGAUGCACAUUUCUGGGGAUAUAGAAUGCAACAUUCAGCACCGAAUAGCCGCUGCAUGGCUGAAGUGGCGGGAAGUAACGGGUGUCACCUGUGACAAAAGAAUGCCGGUCAAACUGAAAGGUUUGAUAUAUAAAAGUAUCAUAAGGCCCGUACUGAUGUAUGGCAGCGAGACGUGGGCAGUUACGCAAAAGAACGUGCAUACCAUUCAAGUUGCCGAAAUGAAGAUGCUGAGGUGGAUGUGCGGCGUUACCAGGCUUGACAAAAUCCGCAACGAGUACGUGCGAGGCAGCCUGGGCGUGCGUGACAUCGCCGACAAAAUGCAGGAGAGUAGGCUGCGAUGGUAUGGCCACGUUAGAAGGAGACCACCAGACUACGUCGGAAAUUUAGCACUACGACUUUCCAUCCCCGGUAAAAGAGGCAGAGGUAAACCGAAAACAAGAUGGAAGGACGUAGUGCUAAAAGAUAUGAUUGAGUGCAAAGUGUCCGAAAACGACGUCGAGGAUAGGGCGAAGUGGAAGCAAAUAACACGGAAAGCUGACCCCAUCACCAUGUGGGAUAUAUAG